AGCGUGCUUUCGAUAUCUCUGGGUAUAUUCAAGUUAAAUACAGCGGUAUAACUAUCAUCGUGAAUAGUUUUACUUGUGUGUGUUUAAGUAAUAAGUUGUUAUUGCAAUUGCGACCAUGGCAGUUCAAACAUUUGAUUUACUUGGCAAAUUUAAAAUCCCAUCAGUUGGAUUUGGAACUUUCACUGCUACAGAUGAAAAAGAAUUAGAAGCAGCUUUAGAUGCAGCUUUCGAAGCUGGUUAUAGACAUGUAGACACUGCUACAGUUUAUAGAAAUGAACACAUCAUAGGAAACGUGUUGAAGAAAUGGUUUGAUUCAGGGAAAUUGUCCAGAAAGGACAUAUUUAUUACCACAAAGUUACCUACAGAUGGAGUACAUCCAGACAGGGCUGAAAAAUUUCUGCUAGAGUCUUUGGAAAAACUACAACUCGAUUAUGUAGACUUGUACUUGAUACAUCUACCGAUUUGUACAUCUGGUAGCUUAUCUGGCCCUGGUGGAUCUAAACCUGAGCCUACAGAUCUUGUAGCAACUUGGAAAAAACUAGAAGAACAAGUUGAUCUGGGCAGAGCUAAAGCUAUUGGAGUCUCCAAUUUUAAUAUUAGUCAAGUCCAGAGAAUUUUGGAUAAUGCCAGAAUAAAACCAGCUGCAAAUCAAGUUGAAUUGCAUGUAUUUUUGCAACAACCUGAAUUGGUAAAGUUUUUACAACAAAAUGGAGUUUUGCCUAUUUCGUAUUCGACUUUGGGUAAUCCAGGAAUCAACAAGUUUUUGGAAAAAGUUGGAAGACCGCUUCGAACCAAUGCUCCAGAUCUUCUGGGCAAUACCACAGUAAAAACCAUUGCCGAAAAACAUCACAAAACCUCUGGACAAAUAUUAUUGAAAUACUGGGUUCAGAAAAAGGUAGCUGUCAUCCCAAAAAGCGUCACUCCAAGCAGAAUCAAGGAAAAUAUCGGCUUGUUUGAUUUUUCUCUGGACGAAAAUGAUUUAAAAUCUUUGGAAAGUCUGGAUUUGGGAGAAGAAGGCAGACAAGCCACUAUGUCAUUCAGUAAAGAAUUUGUAGAACAUCCAGAAUACCCAUUUCCAAGAAGACCAUUGUAAUUAUAAAUUAGGAUAAGAAACUAACAACAAUAUCAAUUAAGUACCUUUUUUAAAAAAUAAAGUAUUUAAGUAUUA